AUGUCUGAAUCGUUGUCGCAGGAGCAGCAGCAGGAGCUGAAGGAGGUGUUCGACUACUUCGAUAAGGAGAAGAAGGGGCAGCUCGCGCCCAAGGAUGUCAGCUUGCUGUUUCGAUCGCUGGGCGAGGACAUGAGCGAGCAGCAGGCUUCGAAUCUGUGCAGCGGCGGCGGCCUCUCCUUCUCUGCGUUCCUGGACAACAGGCAGCAGAAGUGGGCGGCCCAGCAGGCCGGCAACAUCUUGCGCCACGCCUUCAGCAUCCUCGAUUGGUCGGGCCAGGGCUACGUCGACGCCAACGAUCUGCGCCGGCUGCUCACCUCGCAGGGCGAGCGACUCACGCAGGGCGAGGUGGAGGACCUCAUCCGCGAUGCCGGUGGCGGACAGCAGGUCGACUACAACGCCUUCGUCGAGACCAUGAUCCGCAAGAACGUCUAA